AUGUCCCUCCUGACACUGCAUCCAGAUCCUGGGCGACCGGCCACCUCCCUCCGGUGGCCAAAGGGCUCUCCGCUGUCCCGUGGCUGGUCGCGGUGCGGGGAGAACGGAGCCCGGGUAGCCCCGACCCCCGCUCUCCCCCCACCCCGGGCCGGGAGCCGGGGCGCCGGGAGGAGGAAGGGGAGGGCAGGGCAGGGGUGGGCGGCCCGUUGCCCCCCCGUCCCUGUCGGCACGUGCCUGCCCGCCUCCCCGGGACACUGCCGCGCCCCGACGGCCCCGGCAUGGACGCGCCCGGCCAGCCGCUCGCCGGCCCCACGGACGCCCCCGAGGGCGCGGCGACGGAACGGGGCCCGAGCCCAGAGGCGGCCAUCGAGGAGGGGGAGAAGGAGGAGGCAGCGGAGUACGUGGAGAUCCGCGGCUCGCCGCCGGGACCCGAGGAGAGCAGCCAGCCCCCCCCCCGAGCUGGCCCCAGCCAGCGGUGCGGAGCCAGAGGCCGGUCCCGCAGCGGAAAGCGGAGCCGACGGGACCGCGGAUGUCGGCGACUCGGCUAGCGGCGAGCUGCCGGGCGGGGCGGAGGGACAGGCACCCUCGGACCCCGAGGGGGAGGAUCGCCCGGCGUCCCCGGUCGAGGAAGCUGCGGCGGGAUGCGGCGCCCGGUCCUGCCCCGACUCCGGGGAGGCGGCAGGGAGCGGCGAGCCGCCGGAGGCUGGGGCCUGCCCGGAAUCCUCCUCCUCCUCCUGCCCUUCGCCUGUGGCCAAGGCGGGCAAUUCCUCAGUGGGCGACCCGGUAUCGACGGAGGGCAAAACCUCUUCGUCCUCCUUCGGCUACGAAAGCGAGGAGGACGAGGACGCGGGGCGCAAAGCGGCCCCCCCCGGAGCCCCCCCGCGCACCCCCCCCGGCGUUGGCCGCGACGAGGCGCACUAUAUCAGCACGCAGGAGAUCCAGCUGAGCGAGGUGGAUCACGACAUGGAUUUCGAUGCCGGGCUGGCCGCCCGCUGGGACUUCGAGGACAACAACGUGAUCUACUCCUUCGUGGACUACGCCUCCUUCGGGAGCGACGAGACCGCCGGGGACACGCCGACGGAGGAAGAGGAGGAGAAUAGCUGCUACCUCAGCACGACCACCAGCGACCCCAACAAUCAGACUGACAGCAUCGACAACACCAGCAGCACCGAGAUCGUCAGCCUUACCUCCGAACACGACACCCCCGGCGGGGACAAGCGCGACAGCUCGGGGGAAAGCCGGUCCAAGGAGCCCGGCCGUCCCGGCGGGAGCCCGGCCGCCCAGCUUCUCCUAUCAAUCAAAGCCGCUUCCCGGGCUAUAAAUGAGUCUAGCAACGUGCGCGGAAAGCAAAACACUUUUUACGCUGCCAAGCAUGAAAGCGACAUGAGCCUCCGUGUCCCCGCGGCUCCCGAACGCGAUGCGAGUUUAAAACUGGACGCGGUCCGCGACCACCCGAAAAAAUUCAUCGCGGUCCCCGCCCGGCUGCAGACCCGCUGCGGGGCCGGCAGGGCGGGGGAGCAGUCGAGCGGCGCCUCCAGCGCUGUCAGCGAGCUGGACGAUGCCGACAAAGAAGUGCGAAACCUGACGGCCAGGGCUUUCCGCAGCCUGGCUUACCCCUACUUCGAUACCCUGCGCCCCGGCUCCCGCGCCUCCUCCGCCUCCCUGCCCGACAAUGCCCUGGGCAUCAACCGCUGGUCCACCUACCUGGACCUCAAAUGCGGCAGCCUGGGGCCGAGAGCCGAGCCCAGCCUCCUGCGCUCCGGGCGCUCACAAACCAGAGCCCUCGAGUUCGUGGUCAGCAAGCUCGACGGGGAGAUCGCUCACGUCGAGGCGCCGCGGCGGCUGCGGGGGGGCUCCCGGGUGGUGACCCUGCUAGACCUCGGCGAUGGCUCCGAGGCCGGGCCGCCCCCUGAGCUGGGCGGCGGGGAGCCGGCGGCGGCGGAGGGCGCCGGGGUGGGGUUCAGUAAGAAGUCCAGAUUCGCCUCCAGCCUCCUCAAAAACGUCAUCUCCAAAAAGAUGCAGCUGGAGCACGAGUUCAAGAUGGAGCGGGGCGAGAUCACCGACACCUCCUACCGCGGGCUGGGCUCCGGCCGGGAGCCAGAGCCCACCGGCGGCCGGGAGCGGCAGAAGGAGGGGGGAGUGCAGCGGCAGAGCUCCCGGCACUCGGAGGGGGGCUCGGACAGCACCCCGGCGACGGCGGAGGAGGCGGGGGAGGGUGGCGGUGGCCGGUCGCCCGCCUCCAAGGCGUCGACGCCCCGCGAGGGGAACCGCAACCUGGACCGAGCGCUGUCGGAGGAGCUGUGCGAGGUGAAGCGCAGCGCUUCGGAGGCCAUCAAGGCCACUUUCCUCCGCAGCCAGAAUAGCGCCUUCAGGUCCUGGAAGGAGCGGGAGGCGGAGAGGAAGGAGGAGAGGGCUCCCGUCGGAAAACUUAAACUGUCCCCCAGGCAUGACUGGCGGGCCGACCUGGGCGAGAUCUCCGCCGGCAAAUCCACCAAGAUGUCCCGCUUAUUCGUCCCCGCCAUCCAACGCACCCCCCGGGAGAAGGAACCCGGCAAGAAAGCGACGAAGUGCUCUGCUGCCGCCGCCGCCGCUGCCUCGUUCUCGCCCCCCGACGCCAAGCCCAAAGCUCCCGAGAUCAAGAUCAGCCUGGGCAGCCUGCAGCAGCCCCGGGACGCCGCCUUCAGCAUCGCCCAGCUCCUGACCCCGCAGAUUGCGGGACGGACGCCGGAGGAGGGCAGGAGCCAGCAGCUCAGGCUGCACAAGGCUGGGGACGGCCUCGACAAGGUGCCACAAUUCCUGGUGCGCGACGUCAGGGAGAGCAAGCACAGAGCCCAGGGACCCCUCCACCAGGUGCGGGACGUGCGGAAGCUCAUCAAAAGCUCCUACAACUGCGACUCAGGGGACAACAGCAGCGACAAAGGCAGCGUCGCCUCCGACCAGGGCGGUCCGGAGCAGAAACCCCGGCAGCAGCUGGUCAUCGCCGGCGUCCCCAGGUCCCUGUCACCGGUGGUCAUCACCUGCCAGGCGGUCGGCACCAAGCCCACCGAGGCGGCAAAGGCGGCGGCCCGGGCACCGGCCUGCCCUCCGGAGGGUACCGUCCUGGUGCACCGCACCUCGGGGAGGCUGCCGGUGGCCACCAUCGCCCCCAACAAGAGCGACCCGCGGCAGCCAGCCGUGCUGAAGAUCGUCUCCAAAUCCGCCGCGCCCUGGCGGCAUCAGCCCCCGCCGCCGCCCGCCGAGAAGGGCCGGGGGCCGGAGGAGGACCCGCGGGAGGAGAGCAAAGCGGCACCGGUGCAAAACGCGCUGGAGAAGCUGACGGCGGCGGUGCGGAGCAUGGAGGAGCUGUACAGCUUCAACAAGCGCGAGUGGAAGCGCAAGAGCGACCCGCUGCCCAUCACCGACAGCCACGUCCUCUCCCUUAUCGCCAGCCAGGAGAGGGUCGCCGGGACCCGGCCGAUCCCCCCCGCCGCCGCUCUGCCCCCGCCGCCCUCGGCGGAUAAAGCAGAGGAGGCGGCGAGCAAGGGGCCGGGAGACCGGCUGCCCCGCCGCCUCCCCAGCAACGCCGCCGACAAAGUCUCGGCCAAGGCGGCCGCCUUCGAGACCCUGUCCCGGCAGCGGCAGCGCGGCCCUCCGCCUCCCCGCACCGAGCCCCCCGCCGCCCCCCGCGCCCUUCUCACCCUGCGCGGAGGCGGCCUGCGGGGCCCGGCGGCUCCGCGCUCCCCCCGGCUGCCGGCGGGCGGUGCUGAUGCGGAGCGCGGCCCGGACUGCGGGAACUACCUGGCCCUGCCACUGAAGGAGCCCGGCUCCCCGCCCUCCCCGCUGUCGGGGGCGGGCGGCGGCGGCGUCCGCCCCAGCCCGGUGUCGGGGCCGGCGCUGUGCGGCUUGCAGCCCUUCGGCACCGCCAAGCGCCCCGGCAGCCCCGCACCUCCGCCCGCCGAGGAGCAAACCCCCGCCGCUUCCGCCGCCCCGCCGCCCGCCGAGGGUCUGCCCGCCGCUCUCUUCCACCCGCCGCUGCCUUUCGCCGCCCUGCCCGGGGCCGUGCCGCCGUCGCUGCUCUGCUUCUCGCCCUCCGUGCCCGCGGCGGGGACGGCGGCCGAGCCCUUCCCCCAGACGCAGCGCAAGGUGCUGCUGGACGUGAGCACCGGGCAGUACUACGUGGUGGACACGCCGGUGCAGCAGCCCGUCAAGCGGCGCCUCUUCGACCCCGAAACCGGGCAGUACGUGGAGGUGCCGGUGCCCCAGCAGCCGGCCGUCGCCCCCGUCCCCCUGCCCCUCUCGCCCCUGGCCCUCAACGCCGGGCCCUACGGUGCCACCUACAUGCUGUACCCCGGUCUCCUGCCCGCCGCCGCCAUGCUGCCGGCCGGCACCCUGCCUCGCCCGUUGUCCCACCCGGGCAGUGACACCAGCGCCCCGCCCGAGCCCGGCAGCCCGGCGACGGCAGAGGCACCGUCCGCCGAGAGCCCCUACUAUGUGGCUACCGGCAAGGGCCCGCCGCCACCGGGCCGGGGGACAGCCGACACCAAGCCGGUCAUCAGCAUCACGGCCCCAGCCACCGGGCCAAGGAUCGUGGCGCCGCCCUCCUUCGAUGGUACCACCAUGCGCUUCGUGGUGGAGCACCGGUGAAGAGCCGGGGAUAAAGAAGAAGAGUCACACUCCUUUAAUCUGAAAUACACUUGGUAACUCUAAAGAUAAAUCCUAAAAACUGCUUCUACAGUUUUCUCUUUUUUCUUUUUUUUUUUUUUUUUUUCUUCAUCAUACAAAAUGUGUGUAAGCUUCUUGUUUUCUCCUAAAUACUGCCUCCCCUCACAGUUUUGGAGUUUGCAUACAUAUAAUUAUGCCAGCAACACUAAAUUACUGCUCUCUUUUCUGCACAGUUGUUUUUGUGUUGCAGCCAGUGUGCAGGCUUUAGGCUUUAGUGCUGGGGGCCAGCAGUAGUAGUGCCACUACAGGUGUAAAUGCAGCCGAGUUUCAGUGUGGAGCAACUUCAUCCAGUUCCCUGGAAUGUGUUGUGAUGGUCCAGUGCAGCCCUGCAACUCUUCAAAAGCAAGCAAGCCCUCAGGUCUCUCCCCUUGCAGUGCAUCAGGGCCCUCCCCAGCUGGUUUGGUCACAGCUUGUGGUCAGGUGUCUGCUUUGUCCUCUGUCCUUACACACUUGGAACAGCAGACAGACCUGUCCUACUUAAAUUAUCUUCAGUGUUUGUUUUUCAUCACUGUUGGAAACAGGUCAUGGAAAUUUCAGGGAACAUAUUUGAUUGUUUUCAUUUUUGAUUUGCUCCUCUGCACUGCCUUACAUGUCACAAGUUGCCUUAAUAACCACAGCCUUUAAACAGGGGAAAGCCAGAAACUGGGUGUAAUAUUUUAGACCCCAGUUCUAAAGGAGAGGACAGCAUUUCUUUUUCUUUAAGCCUGCAGUCUUUUCUUCCUUAAAUUACAACAUUGCUGAAAACACAAUCCUAGAGAGGAGUUUUUUAAUGUUACAACCCAACUAACAAGCAGUCAUUUCUGUAGCAGUGUUUGACAGAUUUAUCUGAGGGCUACAUCUGUGCUAUCUCUAUUGGCUAAGAAAAUAUUUCUCCUUUGAACAGGAAAAUAUAAAAUACAAUUACUUAAAAUGUAGUGACAUUUAUGUCCAUAUGUCAGACUUUGCUUGAACUGGUAAUUUAGUUGCCAGCAAUCAGUUUGUCUUAAAACAAAAGAACUGUUACAAAUGGCAGUAAAACCAAGCUACAACAGUCUGUUCCCUGCCCAAAUUUUCAGUUCAGUGCAGUGCUUUCAGAAGCCAGUAAAUGUAACAUCAAGCCUGAGUUAUUGAUGUUAAGGCUUUCUGAGGGCAACAGGUUGAAAGUCCAAAAUACAAAUGACAAGCUAUGGAAGUCGAAAUACAAAACCAAAGCAUUUACUCACAGGCAGGAUUUUCCUGUGCCUGUUCUCCAGGUUCCCUACUGCUGAGGGGUUUCCAGGCUUUCCCAUUCUUAAAAAAGAGGUUUUCAUUUCCAUAAGUAACUCUGAAGCAAAUUCAGCUACAGCUGCCUUUAGCAAUACACCUGAGAGUGUAUUUCAAUGCAAUUUAUUUGUUUACAAGCACAAUUUGAAAUUGCCCUCAGGAUGAAAUGUGUUGCAAGUGUCCAUGUAGUGAGAGAUUUAAGAGACAUCUUCCCAUUUAUCAUCCUCACCGUGGAAAUCCAAAGAAAAAAUAGGAUUCUAGCCCUAUAAUAUGGUUAGUUAGCACACACAAACUCGGGGUUUACAGUUUCACCCAGUGUACUUGAGAGGAAGAAAUAAUGCAUAGAAAACAAAGUGCCCAGGGUUUCAGCAUGUAUUUGUUGGAGCAAAACUUUGCAGGGUUGCUUUUUUUCUUUUUUCCUAGCUGCCUGUGGAGACAAAAGCAAUGAAAUGAGGUGAUGCCAACAGCUAUUUAUUUUCUCAGGGGAGAUUCUUGAGUGGAAUGUGUCAAUCCUAAUGUCAAACAGUGUUUGCUUCAUUUUGUGUAGCACUGAAGAUGCUCUGUGUUUUACAAGGAGUUUUGUUGCUUUGCAGACCCAGUCCAGCAAAGCCUUCAUGUGCAUCUCUAGCCUCAAAUUCUUAAGCAGAUCCCUGGGAACUUCAGUGGAAGUGGAAUCAUUUUUUUUUUUUUUCCUCCAUCAACACUGUGCUUUGCUGAACUUGGCCCAGAGUGCUGAGUGCCUUGCUGGACUGAGUCCUGGGCUCUUCACUUUAUACGUGAGAAAACAGAGCUCUGGCCUUGAGAUUCUAGCUGGACCCAGCAGAUCAUCUCAUGAAUGCCAGAAAAAAAAAUCCAGUCAUAUGGUGCUCCUCCAGGUAUACCCAGUGGUGAGUUCCUCCAGCUGAUGGGGUGAUGUGUAACCACAUAUCUUGGAUUCAAGUCAAGCCCUCCACGUCAGGGUUCACAAGCUGCUAGUAUUAUGUGUUUCAUGGUGCAGUCAUGGUACAUUACAGCUGAAAUUCACCCUCUGUGCCAAGCAGGGCAAAACCCUGUGCACCACUCCAGUUCCCUCUCCCAGCCCUGCCACCAGGGGCCAGCCACUUCCCUGCAUUUUGGGUCAGAACCCAGGUAUAAGUGGGGCUGGAGUGAUGCACAAAUGUUGUUCUGCUCUUUUGCAGGAGGGUUGGUCUCAAGCAGUUAAAUUUAUUCCUUGGAGAAUCGUUUGAUGAAUGGUUUCAUAUGUAUUUAUGGAUUGUGUGGAUUUCCUCCCCCCCUUGUCUGCUUUUACUCUUUUACUCAGAGCUUUUACUCUUUAGUGCUGAUGGCCAAAGUGUCAUUCCUUAUACUUAUAAACUAGCAUCAGCUUGUGGCUCCCUGAGAACACAUACUUCAAAAAAUUGCUUGUGUUUCUUCCCCUAUUUUCUGUUUUGUUUUGUUGUUUCUUCUUUUUAUUAUCUUUCCUUUUCCCUCCCUUUUUUUCAGGGGGUGGGUUAUCAGUGUAAAGAUAUUUAAAGGUGCAAAUGUGAAGUAAAGGUAAUGAUUGUUAAGAGGAUGUGGGUGGUGUGUCUGAUGAGAGAGGUGGGCUAUGAGGCAAAGGGGAAAAUGCUAUGAACACAACAUGCUGAUGAUUGUUGACUGGGGAGGGGGGAAUAGAAACAAA